AAAAUGAUUGACAAGCUCAUCAUAACAUUGUCUCUGGUGAAUCUAUUCACAAACUCUGCAUAUUCUUCCAUUGCACCAUUCUAUCCUCUUGAAGCUGCUAAGAAGGGAGUGAAUCCAAUCUAUAUCGGAUUCAUAUUUUCUAUUUACUCUCUGGUCAAGGCGAUGGUGGCUCCAAUUGUAGGCAACUUGAUGUCCAAGACUGGAAGAAAAGUCAUGAUCUUUUCAGGUUUAUUCCUAGAAGGAACUGCAAUCAUCUGAUUUGGACUUAUUGAUUAUGUUGAGGAUGGAACAACUUAUGCCAUUCUAAGCGCUCUUUGUAGAGUCUUUGAAGGUACAGGAAAUGCCUGAUUGGUCACAUCAUCUUACGCCUUAGUUGCAAGCCAUUACCCAGAAGAAAAAGAAAAUGUUAUCGGAACUUUACAGAUUUUUACAGGCAAUAAAAGGAUUUAUUUUUAGGU